GAAUCAUCCUUCAAAGACCUGGAACGAUCCUUUGAACCUGUUAUAAAGCCAACUUAAGUUUAUUAUUUACAAGAUGAUGAUUACUUUAGAUAACAUUACAAAUGAAGCGGUAAAUUUUACCGAUAGGGAGGAACUUCGUCCACCACCAGCCUCCCAGGUCACUGUUAUAUCUCUUUCAGGCCUCUUCUUUCUAAUUGGGACAGUAGGGGUUUUGGGAAAUGCUCUGGUCAUCUUUGUCAUCCUCACUGACAAACGUAUGCGUUGCUCAGUUACUAAUCUUCUCAUCAUGAACCUGGCCGUCAGCGACUUCAUCAUCAUGGUAGUCUGCAUUCCGGACAUUGUCCAGUUCAUGAAGAACGUCGGCUGGAAAUUGGGAUUGAUUUCUUGUCGACUUCUGCGAUUUACUGAGGUGUUUUCUCUGUACGCCUCUGUAAUGACCCUUGUUGGUGUUUGUGUCGAACGAUUCAGCACUCGUGAUGGACAACAUGUCCGCUAACAUCACUUCUGGCGU